AGAUCUCUUGCACAGAUGUCUCUACUGUUUGGUCAGUUUGUUCGUGGUAUGGCAGCUGGGGCACGUUUGUUUGAGUAUAUUAAUAUGGAGUCGUCAAUUCCACUAGUUGGUGGAGUAGUUAUUCCUGAAGAUCAGCUACAAGGAGAAGUGGAGUUCAGAAAUGUUAGUUUCACCUAUCCUACCAGGCCACAACAGUUGGUGUUAGAAAACUUCAGCAUACAUAUACCAGCUGGUAAAAUGGUGGCAUUGUGUGGACCAUCUGGUGGAGGAAAGUCUACAGUGGCUGCUCUUCUUGAGAGAUUUUAUGAUGUUGAUAGUGGAAGCAUCACAUUAGAUGGAAAAAACUUGGAUCAGUUAGAUCCAAAAUGGCUUAGAGGACAUGUUUUAGGAUUUAUCAACCAGGAGCCAGUUUUGUUUGCCACCACAGUCAUGGAAAAUAUUAGGUAUGGUCGGCCUGAUGCUACAGAUUCAGAGGUGGUUGAAGCUGCAAAACUUGCAAAUGCUGAUGAAUUCAUUUGCAGCUUUCCUAAUGGUUACAAUACAGUAGUUGGAGAACGUGGUGUGACAGUAUCAGGUGGACAGAAGCAGAGGAUUGCUAUUGCACGAGCACUCUUGAAGAAUCCUACUGUCAUAAUUUUAGAUGAAGCCACAAGUGCUCUAGAUUCUGAAUCGGAAAAGGUAGUUCAGGAAGCAUUGGACCGUGUUACGAAAGGAAGAACUGUGCUAGUAAUAGCCCAUCGUUUGAGCACCAUUCAAAAUGCAGAUAUAAUUGCAGUACUGGCAGGAGGACUUGUUGCUGAGGUGGGCACCCAUAAGAGUCUGAAAAAACAUCGAGGACUUUACUGGGAUUUAAUACGUCAACAACAACUAGAAGAAGAGGUCCAGGAGCUCGUAAGCCACGAGCGUGAAAAGGCUCACCAUGGAUAAACCCUUUUAUUCAUCACAUAAUAUUAAAGAAGUUCAUCAUCAAUUAUUUUUAUGUAGAGCACAAGAUUUAGAAGUUACGUCAUGAAAAAUAUAUUUUUGUUUAAUUUAUACGAUAUGUAAUACUUAGAGAAUUUCAUAUUGGAGAUUUAUUUAGUAUAGAUAUUUCUGUUUCGUGUAUAGAAUAAACAGAGUACAUUACAGGGUUUUAUUUUGUUGUAAUAUCACUUAGUUUUUUAUAUAGUAAAUUACUUUCAUAACAAAGGCCUUAAAGGAUUUGAAAUAAAGAUUAUCACCUAACUUUAUGGGUUUAAAUUAUGACAACUUGUAUAGUCAAGUAUUAUUUGUUAAAGAAUGUGAAAUGUGAUACUACAGAGCAUUUUCACAAGCAUGUAUAUAAACCAUGAAGGAAAGGUUGAUAAGUAAUUUUUUUUUCAAUUGUUGUAGUUCUCCAAGUUAAAAAUUAAAACAUUUGACUUACAGUGUUCAAUUGAAAUUCUGAAUUGAACAAUAAAAUAUUUCGAAAAUAAAAUUCAACUCAUAGUUUCAAUCUUGAGAAGUUU